GUGUUAUAGGCGGCAGUACAAAUGACUCACCAAAGCGGGAUUCAUGCUGACUCUCAUGUGACGUCAGAGCUGGCAGAUUGUAAAAGACGUUUGUUCAGAGCACUAAAGCUUGUAAUAAAGGACGAGCGCUUGAUCUUAUCCGGGAAACUUCCUCCUAGAGGCAAUUGGGAGAGUGACUUCGACCUAAUGAUGAAACAGCUGUUGGAUCCUCGGUCUCCAUGUUACAUGUUUUAUCGUCUUGAUUCUGUCAAUCCCCUUGGGAAUGACUGGAUUUUCAUAAGUUGGGUCCCUGAAAGCUCUGAUGUACGGCAAAAAAUGUUGUACGCAUCAACUAAAGCGACUAUUCGGAAGCAGUUUGGAGACAAUUUAAUUAAAGACGAUUUAGUGGGGGAUACGACUGAUGACAUCAAUUUGGAAGCCUAUAAAAGACAUGUGGAGAACAAAGGUGCUCCCGGCCCCUAUACGGAUGCUGAAAUUGAAAUAGCUGGUGUUCGCACGGCAGAGGUAAGCACUGGCUUGCAUUCCAGCUACCAAACGAUUGGUGGCAUUUCGUUCGCGCUCAGCCCUGAAUCACGUCCUGCAUUGAAAAAUUUCAGUCAGGGAACUUGUGACUAUGUUCAGUUGAUGAUUGAAAUUUCAAAUGAAAUGAUAAGAGUUUGUAAAACUUAUGACCAUAUCACUCCGCAAGGGGUUGCCAAGGCUUGCUCAGAAAAGGAAGGUCGCUACCAUCUUUAUCGUUUCCGUUAUUUACAUGAAGGUCAAGAUCGUUCUGCCACUUUUUUUAUCCACACAAUAUCUGGUUAUGAGAGCUCUGUAAAAAGUCGAAUGCUGUAUUCUAGUUGUAAGGCAGCCCUAUUAACUCAGUUGGAGCGAGAAUUUCAGUUAACUUUUGAUCAUCGAUUGGGAUGGAUUUUCACUUUGUGGUAGUCAUUUUCAAGGUUAAAAUAUUUACUGGACAAACAAAACUCUGUAUUCCAGCAACCAAACUGGUCAUUUAUAAUAUUAUUUUGUCGAACAGUUGUCCUGGUGUACUCAAUUAAUUUCAAUAUUCAGGAAUUGCGUUUACAAUUUGAAACCGAUGGGAUAAAUGAAUUAACUACAGAAUAUCUGAUGGAUAUCCUCUAUCCUAAACAACAAGAGACGCAGCUUAAAUUUCAGAAACCUCAAGGUCCUAUGGGACGCCGUCCUAGGACACAUAUUCAUUGAAGUGCUGUGAAUCACCUUGAUUUCAUACCAACCAACACGCCAAUCGCUGUUGUUAAUUGCUGCUUAUUUGCAUACUGCCUUCAUCAUCCACUUUGGGAUAUUUUUUAAUUCUGGUUUGUUUAUUUUAUGACUUGCUUUUUAUGAUAUCAUCACUUUUAUGUCUAUCGAAUCAAUCGAAUUACAGAUUUCAUUAGCUAAUGAAGUUCACGUUGGAUACUAAAGUAUGUUAUUUUGUCAUCUAUGCGAGUACAUACCCAAACAAACAAACAAGUUCAUAUUUGGAUCAUUGAUUUCAGUAGUUGAUAACACUUUUCUAUAUCUCAUACACAUUUACACUUAAAAAACAGUUUAUUUAAGUCUACUGUUAUUUUUCACUUCGCAAUACAAAGAUAUUUUCCUCAUGUUUAUAUCAUAUAUCAUGAGUAUUUCUAAAGCCUUGAGAAAGUUUAUCGAUGCUCCAUUCCCCUCUUUCUUUCUUUUUCACUCCUGAUUGUUUGCGUACACAGUUGUAUUUUUUUCCUUUCUGAUUGAGAUAAAAAUUAAUUUUUACCUGCCUAGUUGUAUAAUAUGUCUGCAGUCAGUAUUACAUAUAUGCUAAGCAUAAAUUUUGUUUAUAUUGAUACUGAAAGAAUUGGUUAGCCUGUAGGUUCCCUUACAACGUACACGAUCGUAGCUACAGAUUUCGGAGUGUAAUUGCUAGUUAUCAAAACGGUAGUCUGUUCAUUGAUAAAGUGAUUUUUUUCAGUAUUCAUUGGAUGUCUUCUUGCUUACUGAUAAGAAGCGAAGACCAACACUUUCAAGUGAUUAAAUGUUCAUCGUGCUCACUGGAAUAUAGGUUUUGGCUUAUUGUUUUGUACAUUGACGUAUUUUUAACCUAGUAAACAAUUUACAUGACUCAAAUCAGUACUUUAGCUGACAGUGUCCGGCAGCUAUCAUCAUCAGGAUCAAUGUAGGACCAGGCAUUACUGCGUAACGGUCCAAAUUACCGCACCUCA